GGGGUGGCAUUUAGCGGAAACAACACUUACCGUGUAUAAUUUCUAUAGUAUACAAAAACGAUUGCAGAGUCACGAUGGCCGGUAGUUCCCUGGUAAUCUCCCCCUGGGUAAUUUUAACCCUCAAUACCCUAUGUAUUAGAACCCGAGGGAUUAUAUAAGGGGAAGCAAUUGGCUUAUCAUCACAGAAAAGCAGACGAGAGGUUUUUUUCCAGCAAGUCAAACGCUAAUCUUCAAAGAAGGACAUGAGUUCUCAGAUAACCCCGCACCAAGGGCCUGAAAGGGUGUUUGGAGAGUUCCGUUGUCCAGAGUGUGGUCGAACGUGGAGCAGUGGUAACUCGUGGGCCAACAUGGGCCAGGAGUGUAUGACCUGCAAGAUCAUGGUCUACCCUCACACACAGACGGCUUUACAAAGGCCAGACAAGUUUGAUGACAAUUCCGACAGAGGGCCCCAUCGUCAAGAUCUGUGCGAAAAGUGCAUGAGUCUGGGACACUGCUGUCGUCCAACAAGAUUUUGAACUCAGUUGAAAAUACUUCUUAUGAAAACAUGAACUGUGUAGCUGAAUGAUAAGUUAGCCUUUAGGUGCAUGAAAAUAAUGGAGAUUGUGUUAAAAGGAAUGCAUAAUGAUCAUGACUAUAAGCACACGUGAUGGUUCAGAGGGUCGAGCGGAAUGCUCAUGGGGAUGGUUCUAAGAACUACACAGCACACAUUGGCAUGUACUCUGCACCAAACGUAUGUAUAUCUUCUUGGUAUGGUUAUGAAUACAGACCAUGGUACUUUCAUGGAAUAUACUACGUUGUAUAUAAAGGCUCUGAAUCUUUUUGGCAGUAGUAUUAAGAGUAGAAUGAGACAGAGAGAGAUACGAACAAUGUAAGAUGAGCUAUAUAAGCGGCAUCAACUCAUUAGCAGCAACACGUGACUAAUACAGCGUAUUAUUCAAUUCCCAAAAACUCCAUA